GGGCAGGGUCGCGCGGCAUCUCCGGGGCCCGGGGGCCCUGUGGGGCGGAAUGGUACCUCUGGAUUGCAGAGGCCGUGGCUCGGCGCCAGAUCCCGGAGUGUAGACAUUUGGGGGGGAGGGGAGCGUGAGAAGGAGCCUGUGAGCCAGCGAGCGAGCGCCGGGGAGAGGCAGCGCGCCGCGGGCACGGAGAGGGGCUGCGCGGGGAAGAUGUGAGCGCGUGGGGUCUGGCUGGCCUCCGAGCACCAUGCAGAAGGGGAUCCGGCUGAACGAUGGCCACGUCGCGUCCCUGGGGCUGCUGGCGCGCCAGGACGGCACGCGCAAGGGCUACCUGAGCAAGCGGAGCGCGGACAACACAAAAUGGCAAACCAAGUGGUUCGCGCUGCUGCACAACCUGCUCUUCUACUUCGAGAGCGACUCGAAUCCCCCUCCGCGCAUCGGGCCGCCAGAGGAACCCCCUAAAGUACAGUCAGACCGAAACCAGGGCACAGAGGCUGCGGAUGCCGCGCGGGACACUCCAGGUACCGUCCUCCCUGCGCUCACUCACCCGUGGUGGGUCCUCACGCGGAUACGGGCCGUCCACGCACGAGAUGGCACGCGGGCCUCGACUGAGGCAACUCAAGGAUGCGCCCUAAGGGAGCGGGUGGGACCCAGGUCACAGGCGCCCACUAUUCCCACAGCAUUGGAGGUGGUGGCCGCGGUGAGGCGCGCGCAGCCGGACCAGCUACGUGACUCCGCCUCGGACCACGGGUCUCCGGCCACACGGUCUGGCUUGGGGUCCGGCUUCUGCCGCCUCCUGCAGGGCUCUCUGGGCCUCCGUUUCCCCAUCGGCGAGGUGGAGGCCCAUUAUUUCACCGUGAACUUCAGCCAUGAGAACCAGAAGGCCUUGGAGCUGCGGACUGAGGAUGCCAAGGACUGUGACGAGUGGGUGGCGGCCAUCGCUCACGCCAGGUGGGUCUCCCCCAGCCACGGGGUCCGGGCACGAGGGCGGCUGACCUGUGUUUCUUCGCAGAUCGCGUCCCUGCUCAAGGACAACGAGCGGAUCCAGUCCACCCAGACCACCGUGACCAGUGACCCCGGCGACGAGGACAGCGACAUCAAGAAGAUUAAGAAGGUCUGUACCUCCAUGGGACCCAAGGGGUUUUCACAGCAGGUCUCGCUGCGAAAGGGGUUUGCUGCUGGAGUCCCCCCGGGACCCCUGAGCUGUGUACACCUUGGGGGAAGCGCCUCGGGGCAGGAGCUCUGGGGGUCCCCCCUGACCCCCCCUUUUCCUUCCAGCGAGACCAUCAUGUUCCUGCACCAGAUCUUCUACCAGGGCCUGAAGGCGCGGAUCUCCAACUGGCCCACGCUGGUCCUGGGUCAGUCAGGGGUCAACCAGAGAUGGGUCAGCCAGGGGUCAGCGGGCCUCUCCCCUCUGCCCGCAGGCUCCCUCAUCCAGGUGCCCAUGUCCGAGAAGGGCAAGAUCCCGCGGGGCCGCCUGGGGUCCCUGUCCCUGAGGAAGGAGGGCGAGCGGCAGUGCUUCCUGUUCAGCCCCCGUGUGCGGGUCUGCACAGUGGGGGGUCACGGCCGCCUCCGACCCCCGGCCGCUCUCUUGCAGAACGGGGUGGUGUCCCUCAUUGAGUGCACGCUGCUGGAGGACCCGGAGAGCACGGAGGAGGAAGCCAAAGGGUCCGGCCAGGACAUGGACCACCUGGACUUCAAGAUCGGGGUGGAGCCCAAGGAGGCCCCGCCCUUCACCGUCAUCCUGGUGGCCUCGUCCCGGCAGGAGAAGGCAGCCUGGACCAGUGACAUCAGCCAGUGCGUGGACAACAUCCGGUGCAACGGCCUCAUGAUGAACGCCUUUGAGGAGAAUUCCAAGGUCACGGUGCCCCAGAUGAUCAAGUCGGACGCCUCGCUGUACUGUGACGACGUGGACAUCCGCUUCAGCAAGACCAUGAACUCCUGCAAGGUGCUGCAGAUCCGCUACGCCAGCGUGGGCCGGCUGCUGGAGCGGCUCACCGACCUGCGCUUCCUCAGCAUUUUCAUCGACUUCCUCAACACCUUCCUGCACUCCUACCGCGUCUUCACCUCCGCCGCCGUGGUCCUGGACAAGCUNNCCACUGUCCACAGGCUCAGGCCCCAUGGGGCGCCCCCUGGGAGCCUGUCAAACACGCAGGCCCUGGCCCAACUCUGACCUCGGCACCAGCCCCCCCUGCUGCAGGGGGACCCCCCCAAGUCCCCGCGCGCCACCCGCAAGUUCUCCUCGCCGCCCCCGCUGUCGCUCACCACCAAGACGGCCUCGCCCAGCCGCCGGCGCAAGCUGUCCCUCAACAUCCCCAUCAUCACGGGCGGCAAGGCCCUGGACCUGGCCGCGCUGGGCUGCGGCUCCAACGGCUACUCCCCCGUCUACUCGGCCGUGGCGCCCCUCGGCAAGGCCGCGCUGGACACCGGCAAGCUCUGCAUGUCCGGCGGCUUUGCCAGCAAGAUCGCCGACGAGGCUGAGGCGGCCGCCGAGAAGCCGGACGAGCCCUCGGCCCCCGGCAAGCAGAGCCCGAAUCCAAAAAUCGGGGACCGUCUGGGAGACGUCAGACCGUCCCCGCGCCUCCCGGGCUCCGACGUCUCCGUGAGGGAGGAGUCGGACACGGACCCGAACCAGAGUGACGAGGCCGACCCCGAGAUGUCGCCCACCAAAUCCCCGACGACACCCAAGCCCAUCAAGAGCAAAAAUCCCUCAGAGUUCCCCUUCUUUUCCUACAACGACUUUGAGACCAACAAGGAGCUCAAGAACAAGGUGGUUGGCUUCCUGGAGGAGGUGACGCGCAACCCGGAGCUGCUGACCCAGGAGCGGAAGGCGGCCGCCAACAUCGUGCGGACUCUGACGCAGGAGGACCCCGGGGACAACCAGAUCACGCUGGAGGAGGUCACGCAGCUGGCCGCGGGCGUGAAGGCCGAGCCCUUUGAGAACCACUCGGCCCUGGAGAUCGCGGAGCAGCUGACCCUGCUGGACCACCUGGUCUUCAAGAAGAUCCCUUACGAGGAGUUCUUCGGACAAGGCUGGAUGAAGCUGGAGAAGAACGAGAGGACGCCCUACAUCAUGAAAACCACGAAGCACUUCAACGACAUCAGUAACCUGAUCGCAUCCGAAAUCAUCCGGAACGAGGACAUCGGCGCCCGGGCGAGCGCCAUCGAGAAGUGGGUGGCCGUGGCCGACAUCUGCCGCUGCCUGCACAACUACAACGCCGUCCUGGAGAUCAUCUCCUCCAUGAACCGCAGCGCCAUCUUCCGGCUGAAGAAGACGUGGCUCAAAGUCUCCAAGCAGACGAAGGCGCUGAUUGACAAGCUGCAGAAGCUGGUGUCCUCGGACGGCCGGUUCAAGAACCUGCGAGAAGCGCUGAAGAACUGCGACCCGCCCUGCGUCCCAUACCUGGGCAUGUACCUCACCGACCUGGCCUUCAUCGAGGAGGGGACCCCCAACUACACGGAGGACGGCCUGGUCAACUUCUCCAAGAUGAGGAUGAUAUCCCACAUUAUCCGAGAGAUUCGCCAGUUCCAGCAAACCGCCUACAAGAUAGAGCACCAGGCGAAGGUCACCCAGUACCUGCUGGACCGGUCCUUCGUGAUGGACGAGGAGAGUCUCUACGAGGCCUCCCUCCGCAUCGAACCCAAGCUCCCCACCUGAAGCCGCCUGCGCCCCCCAGAGGCCGCCGGGCCGCGCUGUACAUACUCGUCCGUCUCUCCGGAUCCUCCUCCUCUGUGUGCUUCCCCAAGAACUCAGACCCGGCCCCCC